AUGGUUAAGCCAGAUUAGGAUUUAAUGAAAAUGAUAAAAAAUUAAAUGAUCAAUUUCAUAUACAAUUAUUGCAAUUUGGAUUAUAAAAAAAAAAGGAUCGAAAAAAAGGUUCUCGUAAUGUAAAAAAUGUUACUUAUUUAUAUAAAUACCCCCAGUACUAAAUAAGAUUCAUUUAGUUUAUAUAAUAAAAGAUUAAAAAAAAAGAUAAAUACUUUAAAUUGUAAAAAAUCUUAGAUGAAAUAUAAAUCUAAAUAAUCUCUAGAAGAGAAAAUGAAAAUUGAAGAAUACUUUUAAAAUAAAAAAGUCUUAAGGAAUCGAAUAUUAUCGAUCAAUUCCCUCUUUAUUAGACUGUUUCUGAAAAUUUGA